ACCGCGCUCCCACUCCAGUCAGUGCGCUUCUGUAAAGAUGGCGGUCAGCAGCAUCCGAGGCCGGUCGUCACGGAGCAGUCGGAUGCGAGGUCGGAAUGACAGCGGGGAGGAGAACGUGCCGCUGGAUCUGUCCAGAGAUCCUGCAGAGAACCUCCGUGAAAUCCUUCAAAACGUUGCAAAGCAGCAGGGAGUCUCCAACAUGCGCAAGCUCGGUCACCUCAACAACUUUGUAAAGCUUCUCUGCAGUGUCGGCCACUCGGAGGAGAAGCUUGGCUUCACAUAUGAGGAGAUAAUUAUUUGUCUUCGGUUAGCGUUGUUAAAUGAGGCCAAGGAAGUCCGUGCAGCUGGAUUACGAGCUAUGAGGUACUUGAUCAGAGACAGCAAUGUACUGGAGAAGGUGCUUCGUCUGCAGGUGGACUAUCUGAUCGCGAGGUGUAUAGAUAUCCAGCAGAGUAAUGAGGUUGAGAGAACGCAGGCUCUCAGACUGGCACGCAAGAUGAUCACUGUGAAUGCGCUGCUUUUCCCCUCCUCCGUCACCAACUCCCUCAUCGCCGUGGGCAACGACGGGCUGCAUGAACGAGAUCGUAUGGUGCGGGCCUGCGUCGCCAUAAUCUGUGAGCUCUCCUUGAAGAACCCUGUUGUGGUGGCACAGCGGGGCGGGCUCAGCACCAUCCUGAGGAGCGUGACCGACUGUCAGCUGAGUCGCAUCAAUGAAGCUCUCAUCACCACCGUCCUGCACCUCCUCAACCACCCUCACACCAGGCAGUACGUCCGCUCUGACGUUGAACUGGAGCAAAUCUUGGCCCCUUACACUGACUUCCACUACAGACACGCUCCUGACAUAGCAGAGGGGCAUCUCAAGGAGGACAGGGAGGCUCGAUUCUUGGCCAGUAAAAUGUCUAUAGUCGCCUCAUUUCGUUCCUGGUCUGGCAUCAUUAACCUCUGCAAGUCAGGCAGCUCUGGGAUCGAGUCACUCAUUGGUUUGCUCUGUAUACCAAAUAUGGAAGUGCGGAAAGCCUUGUUAGAGGUGCUGUACGAUAUCUUCCAGCUCGCCAUUCCUGUAGUGACCUCAGACUUCAGUGAAGCUCUUACUAGUGUAGACCCCAGCAGGUUUCAGGACAGCUGGCGGUUCUCUGACGGAUUUGUGGCCUCUGAGGCUAAAACGAUCCUCCCACAUCGAUCACGCUCGAGACUGGACCUGAUGGACAACUACCUGGCUCUGGUGCUGUCUGCCUUCAUCAAGAGUGGACUGUUAGAGGGUCUGGUCGAGGUGAUCACAAGCAGCGAUGAUGCUACGUCCAUUCGUGCCACCAUCCUGGUGGGAGAAGUCCUCCAUCUGGCCAACACCAUCCUCCCUCAGAGCCACAGCCACUACCUGCACUGCCUACCCACCCUCCUCAACAUGGCCACCUCCUUCGAUAUAGCUCCUGAGAAGAGACUGAAGGCGAGUGCUGCAGUCAACUACCUGAAGUGCUUUCAUGAGAAGAAGAAGAGAGGAGUCCGACCUCACAGCCUCUACCUGGACCACAUCCUCCGCACGUCAGGAGCGCUGCACUACUGUCGAGACCAGACCUACAGACCUCACAGAGACGCGUUCAUCGUCAAGGACACUGAGGACUCUCUGAUGGCCAACAUGAGAGACAGUCACAUCCUCAACCACAAGGAGAACCUGGACUGGAACUGGUGCCUUAUUGGAACCAUUUUAAAGUGGCCAAACGUUAGUCUACGCAGCAAUAAGGAUGAACAGAUGCAUAAGUUUGUGCGGAGGCUGCUCUUCUUCUUCAAGCCCAGCAGUAAGCUGUACGGCAGCCUGGAGCUGGAGCAUCCCAAAGCCAGACAGCUGACUGUGGUCGGCUGUCAGUUCAUAGAGUUCCUGCUGGCGUCGGAGGAGGAUGGCCAGGCGUACUUAGAAGACCUGGUAAAGGACAUUGUCCAGUGUCUGUUUUCCUCUCCUGGGCUCAAACCUGACCGCAGUCUGCAGGGCAACGGGCUGCUAACCACUCUCAGCCAACACUACUUCCUCUUCCUGGGCACCCUAUCAGCCUACCCGCACGGUGUCAAGAUGCUGGAGAAGUGCAGCGUCUUCCAGUGUCUGUUGAACCUGUGCAGUCUGAAGAACCAGGAGCACCUGCUGAAGCUGACCGUGUCCACGCUGGAUUACAGUCGGGACGGUUUGGCUCGAGUCAUUCUGUCCAAAAUCCUCACGGCCGCCACUGAUACCUGUAGGCUGUAUGCCACCAAGCACCUGCGGGUCCUCCUGCGUGCCAGUGUGGAGUUCUUCAGUAACUGGGGCAUUGAACUUCUGGUGACUCAGCUUCAUGACCGCAACAAGACCAUCUCCAUGGAGGCGCUGGACAUCCUGGAUGAAGCCUGUGAAGACAAGGCCAUCCUUCAUGCACUGACAGAGAUGAAACCUGCCGUCACACACCUGGGGGAUAAAGGUGUGCUACUGCUGCUAAGGUUUUUAUCUAUUCCAAAGGGCUUCUCCUACCUCAGUGACAGAGGAUACAUCACUAAACAGAUGGAGAAAUGGCAGAAGGAGUAUAACUUGAAGUACGUGGACAUGAUAGAGGAGCAGCUGAAUGAGGCCCUGACCACAUACCGCAAGCCUGUUAACGGAGACAACUAUGUACGCCGCAGCAACCAAAGGUCACAAAGGCCAAAUGUUUACCUUCCUGUGCACUUGUAUGGUCAACUGGUCCAUGAAAAGACCGGCUGUCAGCUGCUUGAAGCCCAGAACGUGGUUCCCGAUUUAAGCUUCAGUGUUCGAUCUCCAGUCCUGGACAAGUGGGAGGGAAUCAAACAACUGAAGGCAGCACUUUGGGCUUUGGGAAACAUAGGCUCAUCAAACUGGGGUCUGAACCUGCUGCUGGAGGAGAGGGUGAUCCCUGACAUCGUGGCUCUGGCCCACCACUGUGAGGUCCUGUCCAUUCGAGGGACGUGUCUGUACGUGCUGGGUCUCAUCAGUAAGACGAGGCAGGGCUGCGACACAUUGAAGCAGCAGGGCUGGGACGCUGUGAGGCACAGCCGUGGUACACUGUGGCCCGUGGUGCUGGAGGAGCUGGAGCCGCAGUCCAAACCCCACAACCUGCUGUCCUCUGUCCCCGGUGUCUUCCGGAUGAAUGAGCCCACCGGCUCCGGGCUCAACAACGAGACAACCAACUUACAACCCAGUGUGUAUAAUCUGGAUGAUGAGAAGCUGGUAGAAGGCUGUGACUUCUCAGAGGAGUUGUCAUUGUACAUGUGCCCUAAACUGAUGAAGGACCGAGGUCCUUUCAACAUGCUGGCAUCUAGCCGCUUCCGCAACCGCCUUCUCCACUCACUGUCUCUACCCGGGAAGAAGUCUCGCACCAGCCAGUACCCUAAAGGCAGCAGCCAAGGAGGAGGGCCGGAUGGAAAGCAGGGGCUGAAACCUUCCAGCUUAUCAUUUGCAGCAGCAGAUUUUCUCCCUAUUUACAACACCAGUCCCUCAGGUGAGAAGGAGAAUAAAGCCACAGAGAAUGGUGGGAGCACACCCAGCAUCGGGGAGGGGGAACUGGACGCGUCAGGGGUCCGCACAGGUGAGAACCGGCAGAGCAGCUAUGAGCGUCUGGCUGAGGAUGGGCCUUCAGGAGGCGGUGGAGCCCAGUUCAAAAGCCGCAGCCAGAGCUUUAACACAGACACCACCACCAGUGGCAUCAGCUCCAUGAGCUCCAGCCCCUCCAGGGAGACCCUGCCCCCCACCACAGACGCAGACUGUGUCAGCCUCAACACUGUGAUAAGUGCCCAGACCGUCCAGAACACGCACUCUCUGACACCCCAGCCCUGCUCCACACCGCUCUCCAUUCCCAAGUCCCUCUCUGCCUCUCUCAUACCCCCAGGCUCCUCCCACACCUUGCCCCGCCGAGCCCAGUCCCUCAGGUCUCCCUCAGCCACCGCCCUGAGCAGCUUAGCCGACUGCAGCCUCAUGUGCUCCGGCUCCAGAGAGGCGCUGGGAUAUGCCACCCACAACGGCUGCACAAGUCCUCGGGACGCUCUGGGCUACGCCACGCUCAGGAGGCUGCAGCACCAACGCAUUCAGCCCUCCCUGUCCCACAGUGAAGCCCUGGCCUCCCCAGCCAAAGACAUACUCUUCACUGAUGCCAUCACCAUGAACACAAACAGCCCGGAUUCCAGACUCACUUCUCGAAGAUUUCUGAAAGCUCUGAGCUUUGCGUCUCUGGAUAACGAAGACCUGCUGAGCCCAAUCAACCAGACCACGCUGCAGCGCUCCUCCUCUCUGCGCUCCAUCGUGUCCACUGCCACCUGUGGCUCCUCUGUCGACUACAUAGGCCUCGCCUUGCCUGUCAACAUCAGCAACAUGUUCCAGAUUAAAGAAACAGUUUAUUUCCAAAAGAAGACGAGUCCACCGUCUGAGGACCACUCUGCUAAAGUCUCCUCUGGAGACUCUGAUGGCUCCAAUGAUGGGCGUGGGCCAGCGAGGCUUCGCUCUCAGCUCAGCAUCACCGAGCUGAUGGCGGUGAGCCGCGAGGAACAACAGCUGAUGCUGGGCUCAGAGGAGACGGGUCUGCAGGAGCACAGUGACAACAACUGCCUGUACUGUGCUGGACUGUCCAUGCUCGGAUUCAACUCUCAACAUGGCAACUCAGAUCUAACAGAGGUGAGCCCGUUAUCUGAGUGGUGCAGUCCGGCUCCAGCAAACAAUCUGGAGGUCAUGGUCCAAGCCAAGCUGUCAGGGGUGUCUGGAUUCAGUGACACUGUGUCCCAGGGAUCUGGGGGGAGUGGUCACAGCACAGAACUUGUUUUGGGGGUGAAGUCCAUCCCAGAGGACGCGCCGGCCGGCAGGGUCCUGCUGAGGAAGGAGGUGCUUCGUCUGGUCAUCAACCUCAGCUCCUCUGUGGGGACCAAAAACCACGAGACCAGCCUGUUAACGAUCAAGGAGAAGUUCCCCUAUGCAUUCGAUGACAUCUGUCUAUAUUCAGAGGUGUCCUAUCUGCUGGCUCACUGUAUGUUCCGACUGCCCUCACGCCGCUUCAUUCAGGAGCUCUUCCAAGACGUUCCCUUUAUACCACUGUAUGAAGAGGCAGAGAGCAUCCUGUCCAUGUCCCCACGGAAGGAUUCAGCUCACCACUCUGACCCCUGACCCACCCUGAGCCCCCCCCCCCCCCCCCUCCCCCCGAGUGUAACCCACCAUCUCCUCCAGCCGCUCUCUCCUCACCGAGAGCAAGCAACAACAUCACACAGUGACCCGGCGACGUCUGUCGAUGCUGAGGUUGGUCUCCUCACUCUGUGCUGCUGGUUCUCAGUGUGAGUGUGUUUCUGCAUCUCACUGCUGCUUUGAAAGAAAAGAAGCUGAGGAUGAUGAGUGACAAAACUAAACUUUUCCUGAGUGUGAGAGAGGACUUGUUUGUUGUGGAUGUUGAUCAGUCUGAUGUUUGCACAUAAACAGAGGAUAUGAAGCAGGUGGAGUGAAGUCAGGCAAUCAUCAGGUUUCCUCUUCUCUUCCUUUUAUUUCUAACAAAUCUUAAUCUCACAAAGUUUGAGCUCGGCUAAUUUCUUUUCAACAGGAAUCGCAAUUCUAUUCCCAGAAGGUAACAGUUACUGAAUGUACUUACGUUUGGCUUUGCCUGAUGAAUAUUUAAUAUUAUGAACAUUUUAUUUAUUAGCACAGCAUAAACAGCAUAAUCAGUGCUCAAAUGUAUUUUGCUUUUCAUUAUUUUGUCACUACAAAGCAUGGAUUAAUGAGCUUUUUCACAUGAUGUUUGCACAACGCUUGCUUCAUCAUAUCAAAGUUGAAAAUGGAAACGUUUCUAUACCUACUGUUUAAUAUUAGCACGGUUGAGGUUUUAUUCUAGAGUUUUGACACAGUUUUUAUCCGGAAUUGUUAUAAUCGUAACCUCGUGUCACUUUUUGUGUCACUGAAUACAAUAAUGAGACUGAACUGUUUGGAAUCUAAUACAGAAAUGAUCUGACCUGAAUGAUUGAGGGAUGUCUACAAAUGUAAAAUCAAAGGCAACUGGACUUCCUGUUUUGGAUCAAGACUUUCUGAUUCUCAGUUGCUGAUUCUCGGCUGUAUCAGUUCAACUGACUGGCGGAGAGUCCCAUGUGUUAAACCAUGCCCCAAAAGUCACCUGACACUGGACCCACCUGAGUCUCCUUUACUCACAUCUUGUACGUGGAUAACAGCUGGGUUAAAAUCUAAAUCUAUGAAGAACGAGCCUUCAGAGAUCAAACAGGAACAUCAGGUUUACACAGGAGACACAUUUCUAACACUGAUCAGUACUUAGUUUUUGACCCCACCAGCAACUAGAACACAGCAUUACUAGUAAAAGCUGUAGCAAAUCAGUAAUGUGAUUAUUUGUUCACAGUUUGUUCAUGUUAACAAUGACUCUACUAUACACACAAAAGUUAGUCAUGGAGUUCCACAAGGUUCCCCCCCCAUUUACUCUUUUUUGGGUCAUGGUUGACCUCAGAUAUGUUUUUAAACGACGGAGGGAGGAGAAAGACCUCUCUGCACUGACAGUUGAUAUGGGGAUGGUGUAGAACAGCUUCAACAACUUGUACACCUCUGGCAAUAGAGCUCUUUCAUCACAGGAGUUGCAUUCAGUGCUGAUGCUACUGAUGAUACUGUUACUUCACACCCUGAGGUGUGAAUUGCAUCUGGCAACAUUUCAAGUUGUGCGCGUAGAUUGUCAAAGUCAAAAUCCCUCUCAUAGAGUGCCACUAUGGAAGAUGGGAAACUGACAGUCAGUGUUUCUGCUGCAGAUACAACCUGGCGCUCCAGGCCAGCUGCCACAUGCAGGUCUCUCUGCUCAAAACGCCGCUCCAAUUCGCCAUCAAGCAGGUCCAGAACUUCAAAGUAAAAUCUCCAGUAAUGAUCCGUUGGGCUCAUGGUGUUUCUGUUGCCUGGGCAACAUGGGGGCUUCUGUUAGAUAUAUUUACAGUCUGUAAGGUCCUCGACAGCUGUUCAGUGGGAGAGAAACACAUCAAUGCUAGGUGCAGGCCAAAUAACCUGUUGAAUUUCUCAAGGACUGCCAAAAUUCCCCCAGCUUUCCUUCUGACAUCACUGUAUGAUUAUUUCAGUGAUCAGAGAGGAAAGUACGGUGCAAUUGUCAAUGACAGAUCUCACAGCCACUGUGAACACCAUCCAUCGUGUUGGGCAGAGAGUAUGCAGGUUAUAACUGCCUGGGGCCAUUUCAUUUUUUAAGAUUUGGAAUUGGUGGUAUUGUUUAGGGGACUGCUUUACAACCUGUAGCACAUCUUGCACGAAGUCUAGCGCAUCUCUGAUGACACCGCACUUUUUCUUGCAAACAUAAAUUAAGACAAUGCGCAAAGCAAUGGACAUACAGUAAAUGGCAGCAGGAUGGUCCCGUUUAAAGCUUGCUGCAAGUCCAUUCAAAUGACCAGAUAUAUUUGUAGCCCCAUCGUAUGCCUGUCGCCGGCACAUACUGGGCAAAAUGUUGCAGCAGAUGAGGAUGUCCUUCAGUGCAGUGAGGAUGGUGGAAGUGUCAGUCUGGGGUAAUUCAAAUAAACCAAUGAAAUCCUCAUGAGGGAUGUAGCUGUCAUCAACCCAGCGGAAUAGAAGCUCCAGCUGUUCUUUAUUCGAAAUGUCUCUGGUCUCGUCUGCUAAUAUUGCAUAGAACCCCUCGCGAAUAGGCGAAAUCACCUGGCAUAAUACUGAACGAGAAAUGAAUCAGUUCAAUGGUAAUGUCAUGCUAAUGUAGUUUCUGUCAGCUAACCACUGGUAGAUUUCAGGACAAUCCUGAACCUGUAAUUCCAGUAAUUUGUACAGUUUGCUGUUCGUUGGUCAUUGCCAUCUAAGGCCAUGCCCUGACCCAUGAAAUAUAUGAUGGAGGUAAUCUCCUUCAGAAGUCUUUCAUGCCAGUGCUUCUGUUUACCUUUCAGCAGGGCAUCUAGCUGGGAGGAAGUAGGUUGCUAGGAUAAAUGCACAUUGUAGAAGGACACUGCCUCUCUGUGAUAUUUACUGCUUUCAUGGUUCCUAAAAGAGUAAGGACUGCUGUAUUACACUGCAUAAGCUUUAGCUAGAUGUACCUAAUAAACUGACAACUGAGUGUACUUUGAAAAAGCGAAACUGCAAAUGGUACCAGGAAGUUAUGUCAGCUGCUGAGUAUGGUGCUUCGUGGUAUCAUGGAAAAUUAUUAUGAGUCAGACACAAGGAAAGCUACUUCAAUAUAAAACAGGAAGUAAACCAAAAGUCCUAAUCAUGUUCAUAAGUUCAAAAGAAAAAGUCUGCUGAGGGCAGACCAUGACUUCUGACAACAGUAUUUACAUCCAACAGUUACUACUGGUGUUGUGGUAGACUGCAUUACAUUUCUUUGUACCUUUCAUAUGUGCAAAUGGUGAGUCAAUUUUAUUUGAAACAUGCAAAUUGCUGCUAUACAACAGUAAGAACAAACUGUGGACACAUGAUCAGGUGUAAUCAAAAACCUCUAACAAAGUUUCACAAGUUGAUAGUUACACACUUCUCAAAGAAAGAAUUUAUUGUUGGGUUUUAGGAAUUUUGCCUGGUCACUGAAGGAAAAAGGGGGAGGUGUAACGACAAACACUGAUGGCUGUUAAAGCCACAGUACCAGGGAAUUGGCACAUGUAAAUGUAGCGGUUAAACCUGUUUGACAGGUCAAAAUGUCUAUUGUAUUGGAGAUCUGGUUAUAAACUGGUGAUACAGUAGAUAUGCCUUCACCCUAUUAGCACUAGAUUGUGAUAACCAUCAGCAAAUACCAUGAUCAAUGACAAAUCUCUUUAGUUUGUUAUUCAGUGUGUAAUCACUAUUUUAUGGUUUGUGUGUUGUUAUAACAGUGGUUCUCAAACUGCUGAGUUUACUGAUGCUGUCGUGCUAAUCUUUUCUUUUUUUCUUUUUUUUUACAAAAAUUCCACAUGGAUCCUAUUUAUUAGUUGCUUCCCCUAUCAUUGUUAAUGUAAGUGGGAUGGGGUUGUAAACUUUUUCAGCCUCUAAUGGGGGAAUGCCAGUUUGAGAGCCACUGUUAUACCAACACACAGCCUCUCUUCGCUGAUUAGCAGUCAGUUUAAGAGUUUAGAUGUUACUCAUUUCAUUUUAGGCACUUCAUGGUUUAGCUCCCAGCUAUACUGGUGAAUUGCUGCUCCCCUAUGAGCCACAUUUUUAUCAUUAUUAAGAUUAUUAUCAUUUAUAGCAAUGAUCCAGUAAGACAGCAAUGUAAAUAGUGCAGGUUUGAAAACAUUCAAAAAAGGUUUUGCUAAUGUUUUGAGGUAGAAAAUGUAUUCAACAUGUUUGGCCUUAAACAUCAAUAGACUGAAUGUACUGAAUGUAUAUUUGAAACGUAGGUGCGCACCAUUUCAAUUUAGCAAACAAAAUGGCACAAGCUGCUUAUACCAACUUGAAUGGACAGAACUGUGCGGGAAGUGAACAAACCACCACAGUUACCAGCAGAAGUGUAAACAAACCAGACUUUUAACAUAGCUCACAUGGCUCAUCGUAGCUUAAUUCAAGUUUUGUGUUAACACAGUAGUUCUUCAUUCAAAACCGUCACAGUGGAGACUCAUCUGCUUAGUUAUACUGUGAGACACAGUCCAGUUUUACAUGGACAUUAUUGCAUAAAAAGCUAAUUAUUAAAAAUUUUAAAUAAAAGGUAUGUAAUUUAUGACAUAGUUGGGUAAAAAUAUGUUUUAAUUCAAGCAAAGUCAGCUGGUUGACUGAUUGUUUGUUAAUAACUUACUAACCUGCAUCAUCACACUGAUGUUUGGCACCAGAGGGCUUGAAAUCACAGAAAUAUCCAUGUAACUUUGCUCCUACAACACACACAGUAAGCUAGCUGAACUAGUUGUAAGCUGUAGGGUAGUUUGAACCAAAGAUGGUGUUUUUAAUUUGAUAUCUGUGGUGAAUGUGGUGAUGUAUGGUCACGUGAGUUCCUCAAAGAUGUUCUGUGUUCUCAGGUUUGAUAAACUGUAAACUGAGAAGUGGUGGAGGACCUAACAGAAGACGGUUCUUAAGCAAUAGCAAACAGAAGUUAAGACAGAACAAACCGGAAAUGGAACAAAGACUCAAUACACCAAUAUAUAGAUAUUCUGGUAAUAAGCUAAUAUUGGCCAUUUUCCCAGUUUAGGUCUAAUGCAAACAUGUUAUCAGUUGACAUGAUGGUCUUACAGCUCGAUUCAGUUAGAUCAAAAAUACAUAAUUGUCCUCCUCCAUCCAGAGAGCAAUGGAACAAAAUAGUUUGAAAGAGGAGGCCACUGAUGGCCAACUAGAAAAAACAUUCCUGCAACAUCACUUACCAGCUACUGAACAUGCCUUCCUGACCUCACAUGAUGUGACGCUGAUGAUUUCAGAAGAUUCAGGUUUAAACUUGUGGGACUCGGCACAAGUCAGUACAACUGAUGAAAUUUCUUGAAAUAGUAACAAAACAUGCAAGACUAAAACAGCCCAUCCAGUUGCCUUUAAGGCAAUAAGGAUGAAAGAUGAAAUGAUCACAUGUGUGGUUCACACAAGAACUGAGUUUAUCCCCAGUUCUUAAGGAUUGAAUUAAUACCCUACCCCCAUUUGUUACGUGUGCACACAUGUAGUUUUCACUGUAACUGACCUGUAACUACUGUCUUAUGGAGAUGCAAAGUGUUCAUUAUUAAAUAUAUGAAAAAUACAUGGAUCAUAUGAAUAAAUUAUUUUAGAUAUUAUUUGUUUUUAUUUUAUAAUGGUAUUUUUUUUUUAACCAAUUAUACUUUAAUCUCUGUCUACUCUUAUUUCUUAAAGUCACUUUUCAUGACAGUGGUGUUAUCAUGUUCCACUGGCUGCUAAAGCGAACAAGCUCAACGUCUGCUACUAGAUUUAGCUAGUUAGGUCCUGUUAGAUACAGCAACAGCAGUGUCAAAGUAAUUCUGAAUCAAGACACUUUUGCUGUAACUGAGCACAGUACACAGACACAGUUACUAAACCUCAUUAGCUUUAAGCCUUAGCUGAUCAAGGCUGCUAAUGCUAAAGCUACCUACCUGGCUAAAAUAACAUUUUAUAAUAAUUAGUAAAAUUUUAAUGAUUCAUAAAAUUAUUUUACAAAUUACUGCCUCACUUCAAUAUUUACACAGUUUAUUCAUAAGACUGUUCAUUGUAUUAAUUCAUUAUUUAUUUAUUAUUGAACACUUUUGGCUUCCAUACUGUGUGAGUGUGUAGUUUUUGUGUACAGCUGCUAAUGGACGUGUCACUCAUGUUGUUGACUGUUGUUAUUACUAUGCAACGUACCUGAUUAUAUCUGAUGUAAUGACUGUUAUGAGCUAAGAAAAUUGACUGCUUGUAAUUAUGUUCAGUUUAUUCUUGGAAUACUUUAUGUGUUAUUUUAUAGUAAAAAACACAUGGACAGAAAGUUUAUUUGACUAAGGUGUAAAGUCUUUAUGGGAGGAGGAAUUAUGAACAGUUUAUUAUUUGAUGUUGUGCCACUACUAAUUAAACUACAAUUUGCACUCCUU